AUGGAAGAAGAAGAAGGAGAAGAAGGGGCUUCCUGUGAGACGCCCCGAGUGCUCGUCUUCACGCCUCGUGUCUGCGCUGCGCUCCACAGGCGACUAGAGAAAGGCGUGGACCACCUGACCAACGCCAUCGCCGUGUGCGGUCAGCCGCAGCAGCUGCUGCAGGUGCUGCAGCAGACUCUGCCUCCGCCCGUCUUCCAGAUGCUGCUCACCAAGCUGCCCAGCAUCAGCCAGCGGAUCGUGAGCGCCCAGAGUUCGAGCUGGGCGGAGAAAGCAGAAGGCAACCUGAGAGACAAAGCGCAGGGCAAAGCUCACACCUGUUGA